CUCAAUCAGAAAUGGAGAAGAUUAAGGAUUAAGGAUUAAUAGGAGGAGAAGAAGAAACGAAUAACUGAAAAGAAAACUGGAAAAAUGCCUCCGAAGAGGAGAAACCAGGAUAUCAUAGAUGUGCAAAAUGUUGGGAUGGAUGUGGAUGCUGAGCCUGAGAGUGACAGUGAAGAAGAGGCAAGGAGAAAAAGUCGAAACAGGAGAUCUAAGUCGCGACGUAAAGUCAAGCAAGUCAGUGAGGAUGAGGAUGAUGAGGAUGAGACAAUUCAACGACGAGGACGAAGGAAGACCACUAAGCCGCAAGACAGUGAUGAAGAUGAUGAGGGAGACAAACAAAGCGCCCUAAGAAAAGGAUCAAAACCCUUCAGGAAGAAGGUUUCUAAGGAGGAGAGCGAUGAGGAAAGUGAGGAAGACAGAGCCAGUCGAAAAAAAGCUGGGAAAGAAACUUCCAAAACAAAAGAGCAGAAGAAUAAUGAGAAGGGAAACAUGAAAGGAAAAGAUGAGGAGAAAAAGGACAAGAAGAAGAAGAAUGCAAGGAUGAGCAGCAGCUCCUCCUCCUCUUCAUCCUCCGACUCUGACGAACAAUCAUUGUCAGAGGGAGAGAUUGCAGCCCUGAAGGAACAGGUGGAGGAGAAGAAGAAGCUGAUUGCUACAUUAAGGAACAAACCCUGGCGCAUGAAGAAGAGGCUCCUAUUGCUCAAGGAGGCCCAGGAGUUUGUUGAAAAAUUUGAAGGAGCCCUUGGGAAAGGAAAAGGCAAGAGAUUGUAUGCUUUCAAAGUCAUGAUGACAAAGAAACGGAUCAAAUUUAAUCGUGAUUUUGAGAACUUCAAAACGGCCUGUAUACCCUGGGAGAGUAAGAUAAAGGAAGUAGAAAGUCACUUUGGAUCAUCAGUAGCAUCGUAUUUCCUUUUUUUGAGGUGGAUGUAUGGUUUAAACUUGGUCCUUUUCGGGUUUAUGUUUGGCCUUGUGGUGCUCCCUGAGGUUCUUAUGGGUCUUCCAUAUGGUUCCAUUCCCAGGAAAACUGUACCCAGGGAUGAACAGGAUACAGCUAUGGACUUCUCUGACCUUUUCAACUUUGGUGGUUACUUUAAGUAUUCCAUUCUGUUCUACGGAUACUACAACAACGAUCGAACAAUCGGGUUGCUGCAGUACAGACUCCCUCUGUCAUACCUCCUAACGAGUGUCGGAGUAUUCGGAUACAGCUUGUUGGUGGUCAUCAGAACGAUGGCUCGUAAUGCAAACGAAGGAGGAGAUGGGGGAGAGGAGAGGGAAUUCAUCUUCAGCUGGAAAAUGUUCACUAGCUGGGACUAUCUGAUAGGAAACCCUGAGACCGCGGACAACAAGUAUGCCUCCAUUACCACCAGCUUCAAGGAAUCUAUUGUGGAUGAAAAGGAGAACCAGAAAGAUGAGAAUAUCCACCUUCGACGUUUCCUUAGGGUUUUUGCAAACUUCCUGAUCCUGUGCACCCUUGGUGGCAGCGGGUAUCUCAUCUAUUUUGUGGUGAAACGGUCUCAAGAGUUUGCUAGGAUGGACCCCAAAACACUCACAUGGCUUGAAAACAAUGAGGUGGAGUUUGUGAUGUCACUGCUGGGUCUUGUGUGUCCGCCUCUAUUUGAAACCAUCGCAGAGCUGGAAGACUAUCAUCCUCGUAUUGCUCUUAAAUGGCAGCUGGGACGCAUCUUUGCCCUGUUCCUUGGAAAUCUUUACACGUUUCUCUUUGCCAUCUUUGAUGAAGUUACUGGCAAGCUGGAAACUGAAAAAUCCAUUAAGAAUGCCACCGACUGGGCUUUGCAUCAAUACUACACUAACUACAGCUUAUUCUACAAUACCACUGAUGUGCCUCCUCUAAAUGUGGCCCCAGCUGAUGUCAUCAGGGGUCCUUGCUGGGAGACUGGAGUUGGAAGAGACUUUGUGAAGCUAAUUGUCUCAGAUGUACAGGUUACCUAUUUGACUAUUCUUGUUGGUGACUUUGGGCGUGCUUUCAUUGUGCGCUUCCUCAAUUACUGCUGGUGCUGGGACCUGGAGGCUGGCUUUCCUUCAUAUGCAGAGUUUGACACCAGUGGAAAUGUCCUAGGGCUUGUCUUCAAUCAAGGAAUGAUAUGGAUGGGUGCAUUUUAUGCCCCUGGUCUAGUUGGGAUUAAUGUCCUGCGACUCCUGACUUCUAUGUAUUAUCAGUCCUGGGCAGUGAUGGCUUGCAACGUUCCUCAUGAGCGAGUUUUCAAAGCGUCACGGUCCAACAACUUCUACAUGGGCCUGCUGCUGCUAGUGCUGUUCCUUAGCCUACUUCCUGUUGUUUAUUCCAUGAUGACUCUGGCCCCAUCCUUUGACUGUGGGCCAUUCAGUGGCCAAGAGAAGAUGUAUGAUGUGGUAAUAGAGACUAUUGACCAGGAUCUACCAGCUUUUAUUGGGAACAUAUUUACAUAUGCCACCAACCCAGGGCUCAUCAUGCCUGCAAUCCUACUUAUGAUACUGGCCAUCUAUUAUUUGAUCACUGUGUCAAAAGCAUAUCAACAAGCAAAUACUGACCUGAAAAAGAAGAUGCAGAUGGCUCGAGAGGAUGAGAAGAAUCGCAGGAACAACAAGGACAGCACUAAUCAAGUGAUGAAAGACUUGGAAGACUUGCUGCCAAACAAAUCUCUUGCACCACCUCCCACAGAGGAGGAGAAACCGCCUGAGAUUAGAAUUGACAAGAGCAGCAAGCAAACUAAAACAAAACCAAGCACAGCAGGCAAAGGAGUAAAUGUGCAAAAGGAGGAAUCACUGGCUGCCCCGAACCCCAGGCGGGCUGUGACCCGGGCGCCUGGGCCAAGAGGGGGACCUCAUGGAAACAUGAGGUCGCUUCAGCCUGAGCCUGGCAGAGGUCAGGGUGCAGCUCCAAGAAGAUAAGAAAAAGAAAACGAUUUAAACAGCUCACCACAAAUAACGGCUAAAGGAUAACAUGACUGUCACCAUCACAAGAGGAAAACUAAUGCAUCACUAGAAUAAAAUACUUUUUUAUUAAAUGAGAACUUUUGUACAUCUGUAUAUUGUUGAAAAAUGUAUUAAACAAAAAUGUAACAAAA